AUGACACGCUGCUGCCAUCACUUUUGCGAAAUGGUGACGAUGGGUGUUGCCGUUAGGACGUUCUGCACGGCGACACUCUCAUUGAUGGGCCGUUGCGUCCCGAAAGUGAAGUUCUCUCUUGAAGCUUUGCCACCGAAUUUGCAGCAGGAGUUUUCCUGUGAGGAGAAUGCCCGGAACUUGAGGCACAUGAUUCAGCUUUCAUCGGGUGCCGCUGCAUCUUCUACCGAAGCCGUCAUAAAGGUCCUGCCUUCAUGGGUGCAUGUGGUCUCAUGGCAGUGCGGUGCAUGCGGGUGCCAGUGGUCUGCUCGUCCAGUGGAUCGAAUGGACCCUCAGGUCUCCUCAUUUUACGCUUGCCCCAAGUGCGUUUUCGGCGUAAACUCCGAAGAGAAUGCAAGGCCACGUUUGUUACCCCCUCGUGUACGACGGCUUGCUGAGGUGCACCCUCUUCUUGCGGCGCAAUGGGACGACCUUCGCAACGCUGUCAUUCAUAACCGCGUUUUUUUUGAGUCUGUGACAGAUGUGCCGUUGCCGUGUAGCACUGUGGUGUGGUGGGUUUGUCCCCAUUGCCAGAAGUCAUGGAAAGAGUCUGUUGACUCCCGUGUACAUCGGUACGAGCAGCAACAACAGCAACAUCAUAAGGAAAAUGAAGAUUUGCGUCAUGGAAGAGCAACGCUGCCACUGUGUCCCUUAUGCGAGGGCUGUGGCGUGUGUAGCUCUUCCCAUUCUGAUGCAAGCACUUCAUCAUCAUCAUUGUCAUUGCCGCAGCAGAGCGGUGAGAAGUGUUCCAUUGGGGUAAAGCGUUUCUUACAGGACGACGCGGUGCUACUCGCCGAGGCACUGCUGCAGUCGCACGAGGACCCGGCGGCUAUUUCGUUGCAAAGCAACCGAUUACUUCAGUGGAGGUGCCGUUGGUGUGCCCAUGAGUUCACAGCCUCCAUCGCGGAUCGUUUUCUCCGCUAUCAUCGCUGUCCUCAGUGCAGUGGUGCCGUGGCGACCCCGCUGAACCUUCUUGCUAUCCAACGACCAGACGUAUUGCGAGAGGUGGCGCGAACCGUGUCUAGCGCAAAGUUGUUGAAGAUGACCAUCCAUGACGACACCGUGGUGACGUUUGUGUGCCGGAUAUGUAUGUCACCUUACCGUCUUUCUGUGCGAUUGCGUUGUCUGCUAAAGCGUGGUGUUACGGCGUGCCCUAAAUGUCUUUGGAACCGCUCGCAGUUUGCAAAGGAAGUGGCGUUGGCAAAUGAGCAGCGUGGCGCUUCAAAGACAAUUCCACGUAUGUCAAUGAAGAAACUUCGCUUGAAGCGACGUGGUCGGGACACUUUUGAUACUGUUCGGAAUCAGCUCUAUCAGCGUGAUACCGACCUCAUGAACUAA